CAUUUUUUACCAGUCCAUCUGAGCUCUUGUAGAUCCAAUUUUUAGUGGUGGAAACCUUACUUGAGGAGGACUCAGAGAAGCAUUGUCAUUUGGAUUGAAACUGAAGAGGCUCUGGGCAACUCACCAGAAGUCUAAGGGACACUCUGUUCCUAAAAAAUCUAAAUAACUAGAUGGUUUAAGUGCCUGAAGUUUUCUACAUUGUGCUUUUGUGAGAGAAACAGUGAUAAAUGUCAAACUGGCAGGAAAAAUGUAAAAAAGAAAAAGCUACAGUGACAAAUUAUUAUCAAAGAUCCACAUUCUUUGAAGUUAUUGUGAAUGCCUCGAGGACCAAGGAACCGUUGAAAUUUCCAAUUUCAGGAAGGAAGCCUCGACCUGUCUCCCAGUUGGUUGCACAGCAGGUUACUCAACAGUUUGUGCCCCCUACACAGUCAAAGAAAGAGAAAAAAGAUAAAGUAGAAAAAGAAAAAAGUGAAAAGGAAACAACUAGCAAAAAGAACAGUCAUAAGAAAACCAGGCCAAGAUUGAAAAAUGUGGAUCGGAGUAGUGCUCAGCAUUUGGAAGUUACCGUUGGAGAUCUGACAGUCAUUAUUACAGACUUUAAGGAGAAAACGAAGUCACCGCCUGCAUCUAGUGCUGCCUCUGCAGAUCAGCAUAGUCAGAGUGGCUCUAGCUCUGACAACACAGAAAGGGGAAUGUCCAGGUCAUCUUCACCCAGAGGAGAAGCCUCAUCAUUGAAUGGAGAAUCUCAUUAAAGUUUAUUUUCUCCGAUUUCUUAGGUCACUUCUGUCAUACCAUGCAAAUACACAGAUUAUGCCAAGAAGUACCACAUUUUCAUGACAAACAUAUUCAUGCACAAUCCAUAAUUUGCGUUUUACAUAAGAUAGAAAUUUGUGAGAAUUUGUUGGAUUUUAUUGCAAUCUACCCAACAUUUCCAGACUCAACAUUUUGGUCUUCACAGUUAAAGGUGCCAUGAAAAUGUGGUUGAAUUAUUCAUUAUGCAGUGUUAUUGGUAAGUCUAUUUUCACUUUUAGUUUAGUGAAUUCUAACACAUAAUUCUUGAAUUCUCUACUAUUGGCAUGUAACGAAUUAAAAUUUUUAUAACAUAGUGCAAGCUGCCUAAAUAUGUAUUAUUUGAGAAUUGUGAAACAAAUAGUUAUAUGUAUACAAGUCAAAGAUCAACUUAAUCAACUAUUGCUGCAACAGGAUUUUCUUAAUGGUAUCCUCUUAAAUACACCUGCUGGUACUUGGUGUGGCUAAAUAGGAAAAUUGUUAUUAAAUAAAGAAUUUGUAUGAACCGUUGCCAAUGUUUUUGACACAGUUUACUAAAUUAUUGUUUCUGAAUUAUGUUUCCGGUUUUAUCUGUUCUUUUUGCGUAUCUUUCAAAACAUUCAUUUAUUGUAAUGUUUACUAGCAGACUAGUAAACAAUAAAACAUUGAUUAUUUAGCUUUGUAAUUCAGGUUUAGUGCUAUUGUCAUUGAACACUGGUAUUUUCUGUAUUAUAUAAAACGUUAAAAUUCAAAUAAUUUUAAGCAUUUGGCAAAAACGGAAGAGAAAAGAAAUCUGCCAUAUUUUAAAAGCUGCAAUUUUAGAAAAGCUUUAACUUAAUAAUAGUUUUAUCACUGUUUCCUUGCCCCAAACUUAUCCAGGGUCAUAGAAGUAUGAAUCUAAUUAAUACAGAAAUGGGAAGUCUUGCACAGAACUGGAAAAUAAGUAAUCUUAAAUCAGUUUAAUUGGCCUCUUACUAAAUAUAACAAUUCUUAUAAAAUCAUAGUGCCCUGUUUUUAGGCACAACUGCAGUUUAUGCAUUCAUCAAUAUCCUGAAAUUAAAAAAGUAUUUACAGCCCCACUUACUAUUAUGUAAAAUUCAAUAAAAUAUUUUUAUGACUACCGAUUUUGCAUUUUUGUUUACAAUUAAUAAAAUAUUUUAUGUUAUAUUUAAAAAUCCAACCUAGAAACCACACAGUACUUCUUAAAUUCUCCGAGGGUCUCCUGCUUUCUCUUAGCCAUUUGUUUAAUAUAUAUCCACUUAUAGGAGACUUCUGAAAUAUAAAUGAACUUAAAAACAUAACUUGGAUACAAAAUAUCACAUAAAGACAUCAUGAUAGUGUUUGAAGAAAAAACCUGUAGACCCUGACUCACGGUUGUGAUAUUUGGUGGUUUCGCGUGGUAAUGUGAUUUUCUGUUUAAUUGCAGUACUUUUUACAGGCACAAUGGUACUGUCUUUUUUGUAAGAUGCUAGUUGUGAAAUACAGUUAAUUGCAUACAGUAAAAAUCUGUGUUUAAAACAUUUAUAUACCUCA